UUAAUAUUUGUCGAAGCAGAGUGCUAUUUGUUUACAUUUAGACAUUUAAUUAGUUGUUGCAAAUCUUAUUUUAUGCAAAUAAAAUUAUCAUAAAUAAUGAAUAAAAAAGCAAUUCGUAUAGAUUUAUCAACAUUUUUUGAUGAUGAACGUAGAAUGACAUGUGUUCUAGUCGACCCCAAUUGGAAAAGUGUCGAGUGUCUACAAAAAAGAGUGGAAUUUUUAUUCGAUGUUGAUUCAGUGCGUUUCCUAAGUGAUGGAUACUUUUUGCCACCACAAGAAUCAAUUGAAAUUAUUAAAUUCUGCAAUGAUCUCAAAGCAUUUGUCCCCAAGGAAUCGCUAGAAAAGAGAAAAAAGAAAAAGUCUAAGAAAUCUAAGAAUGAAAAAUCAGCAGAGGAAUCUGUCAAUGAUGAAGAAAACAUUACUACACAAGCAGAAGAACGGCAGGAAUCUAUAGAUGAUUCACAAAUGAAACGAAAAUACAAUUCAUUGUCUAAUAGCUGUCAUUCCUCGAGUACUUUAUCCAAUAAAGCUAAACGUUCGAAAAACAGCUACAACUUUUCGGAAAUCACUAGUACGAGUGAACAAUUGCCGACGCCUCCCAUGGUCUUCGAUGAAGAUGAUGCAAAUAAAAAUAGAAAGUCUAAAGCUAAAAAAUCUAAAGUAUCAUUGGUUUCGACAGAUAAUGUUGCAGUAGAACAACCUAUUUUAGAAAAUCAAUUGUGUAUAUCGAAAUCUGUAAGAGAAACUUCAUCAAAUUUGGAGGAAAAUACGUUGAUUGAGAUCAGUUCUGAUAAUGGAAAUAAAAAACGUCAUACUUCUACGCCAAAGGAUAAGAAGACAUGUGAUUUUGAAGAGAACACUGAGGAAAAAACUUUUAACGAUGAAGCAAAAGCUACUGCUGCACGUCCUUCCAGCAUACCUUCAUCGACAUUUUUAAACGAAAGUAAAAUGUUGCAACAAAAGACCGACGUCAACACUCUAACCAAUUCGCCAAAUCCAAAUAAUCCCUUUAAAAAACCUAAAACUAGUAAGGCUCAUAUAUACUUUAAUGAGUCGGGAGAAAUAGUGAAUCCAAAAGCAAUGAGAUCUUCAAAACUAACACCUAAGAAAAGCCAAGAACCCAAAACAAUAGUUAUAUUUCGUUGUCCUUUAGAUGAUGUUACAAAUGCUACAAAACCACAAAAACCAAGAAUAUUUCACUUAAAAUCAAAAAAUAUGGUAGAUGAUAACAAUAAGAAACAAUUGGUGGAAAUACAAGAAGAAAUAAUAUUAUCACCUAUAAACAUACCAAAUGCGAUCAUAGAAAAACCAAGCACCCAAGAGAAAUCCAUAGUAGAUGAAGUUGAAGCCCCACUGGAAACAAUAGAAACAUCUAAAAUUGAAGAAAAGGUCGAUUCGCUAAAUGAGAAGAGUUCUUUAAAUAACACAAGUAAUGCUACAGGCAGUACAACAAUUGCUAAGAAUAUAGAGGGAGAACAAAGUAUCGAUGAAUUAGAAGUAUCUCGCAAUGAAUCUACCAGUGUUACACAGUCGCAAACUGUAUCUCUAAUGCAAGAAACGAAUGUUAAUGAAUCGAGUAUAAUGUCAGUGGAUUGUGUUGAUUUAAGUAUCGAUUUAGAUGAAGACGACAGUGAGACACAUAAAAAGAAAAACACGGUGGAGAAAUUUAAAAAUAUAAACGCAUCAGAAAAACAUGAUUUAACUGUAGAUGAUGAUUUAUCAUCAGAUGUUGAGGAAGUAUCGGAAAUAAUCGAUUUAAAUGAAACCGAAGAUAAUUGUGAUAAUACAGCUAAUAUAUCGAGAGUGCCUGGCAAUGCUAUAAAUGAUAUAAAGGUUGAAAAAAUUUUACCAUUUUCUACAGAUCUACAUGAUUUGCCAACAAUAGAUGAUAUACUUAUUUUUAAGGUACCCUAUACAAACAAGAAACAACAACAGGUCCAUACAAAUUAUUUGGCCGGAAAAGUAGAAUAUAUUAAUAGAAGAACAAAAAGUAUUAAACUUUUUAUUAUUGAUGGCAACAAAGAAUUGUCUUAUAUACCUAAUCAAUUCUUUUGUAAUUUAGAUGAUUCUCAGGAUUGUACUAAAUAUGUUCAGCUUAAAUUAAAUGAUAUGUUUGAACCUAAAUUGUUUUCAAUGGCUUAAAGUAGUGGAAACAUAUACAUAUUUAUUUAAUAAACUAAUAAUUAAAAUCGUAA